AGCCUAAUACGAAAGCCCAAGAUAGUUUGUUUCGAUGCCCAAAGUCCCAAACUCACAUCUUUACGAAUUCAGAGAAUUCUUCUCCGUCAAGCUGGGCGACGACGAAGAGUCGAAGACAGGAGGGAUCAGUCCGAACACCGAUCUAUUGUUGUUAGUUGCCAACGUUGAAAACUAGCUUUCAGAAGUUUUCUUGGGUUUGGGCUGUUUUUCUUUGGUUAAGAUAACAAAAGAAUGAGUAUAGAGAAGGAAGAAGUGGUAGUUUUACCUAGAAGAAAAGUAUCAUGCACUACCUCCUUCGAUAAUCUCUGGUUCUGCUAUUCUCCAGUACAUCAAUUGCAACAAUAUUAUAGACUUGGAUCCCUUGAUAAUUGUUCUGGGAAGUGGAAUGCUAUGAUUGAUUGCUUAAAACUGAAAACAAAAAGGUCUCACGAAGUUCAGGAAAUUCUUGAAACCCGUGAGAAGGAAAAGACCCACAUUUGGUCUUUUAGGACGCCAGAAGAAGCGGCAUCUCAUUGGAAUGACUUGUUUGGACAUGUAAAUGAUGCUGAAUGAGAGGUUUAUUAGGAGGGGUGUUAUAGUAAUUUUACUCAAAAAAUGACAAAAUAUAGAUAAGAAGAAAACUUUAAUGAUGAAAGCGGAUGUUUUAUUUAUGAAAUUUGUUUUGUUAAUUAAUGGGUAAUUCGAACAAUAAUUACGGGGAUCCAUUCCCCCAAAAAGUGGUAAAUUUUGUAAAACGUUAUGCUCAAGUGGGCCUAUGUGUCCUAGACUUUGGGUACAAAGCGAUGAAAAUGAUUCAAUGAUUGUACAAUGAUAUAGUCAUUAAAUGGAUUUCUUGUUGAACUCGAUUUAAAUUAAUAUUGUUUAAUUAUCCAAAGGCAAAAAAUUUAAACGUUA